AUGAUGGACUGGGACGAGAAUGCCUACCUCGCCAGUCGCGUUUUGGAGGUGAUCGCGGAUGAAGACCGCGCGUCAGGGGCCGGCGCCACCACCGCCGGCCGAAGGAAGAGCAAGCAUUGCGUUCCCCGGGCGGUGGAGCUGAUGGUCGCCGAGCGCUUCAGGGAGCGCCUUGCCGCGAGCAGGACGCAGUUGUCUAGGACGGAGCUCGACAAUAAGGAGACGGGCAGCAAGCGGUCGGUAUACUUUGAGCUAUGGAAGGACUUCAAGGACACGGACGUGGAGUACGAACGUGUGCCAGCGNCCGCGGCACAGAUCGACCCGAACAGAGUCCAUCCGCCCGACAUUUCGUACGACAAGUUCAUGAACAUGGUGAAAGAGGUGAACAAGGACUAUGGCGACUGCUACCACAAUAUGAAGAAGUCUGGGAGUCACGACGAAUGGUACUCCUUCUGCCGUGGUAAGGUCUGCUUCUUUUUUUUGGUAAUGGCCCUUGUGCAAUAGGUGGUACAGAUAACGGCACGUGUCGGGGGGGUAUUCCUAGAGAAUAAACAGUGGUUGGUCCACGCGUCGGGAACUUUAGUCUUGAAAUGUAGUUGAAUGAUAUUUCUUUAGCGUGCACGGUACUAUGCCUAUGCUUGGGACGAUGCUGGAACAAUAGGCCGGAUAAUAACGGUUCGAGACAUGAGUGAGUACUGUUCGGGCUCUUCGCCCUUGUUAGUUUUGCGUCAUGUCAUGUGCAAGUGUUCCUCUGUUGGUCGUGAACGCCCGACAAAGUACAGCCCCCCCCGGCCCGCCGCCCCCCCACCCCCGAUCUAGUGUGGUUACCCUCAUCACAAAGGGUUUCAAUAAUAUGCCAUUGAAUAACCCGAAUUUCCUUCAUGUUGGCGAUGCAUCCAUUACACAAGUUUGUUCCUCCCACAAAUACGUGUGCGCUCUAAAUGGCAUCAGCGGGUAGUACGGUUUCGGUUGCAAGUUCCAGCACUACGAUACACUUUCGUGGUGACGUCCACUUCCGCUC